UCGACGUAGUGUGGCGCCUGCUUUGUGAGAUUGAUCCAUGCUAACACAUUUCCCUUUGUUGUGAUUAACCGUUUAGCGGUUGUGAUUCUGCUAUAAUCAUUUUUUUUGAAGAAAGUUGUCGUUGAGAUCAUCUAGAGGAUGAGCGGCGGAGUGUAUGGAGGCGAUGAGGUGGGAGCUCUGGUGUUCGACAUUGGCUCAUACACUGUAAGAGCUGGCUACGCAGGUGAAGACUGUCCCAAGGCGGACUUCCCCACGGUGAUAGGUGUGACCAUUGACCGAGAGGAUGGCAGCACGCCCAUGGAGACGGAUGGAGAAAAGAGCAAGCAGAGUGGCACCAACUAUUAUAUUGAUACCAACCAGCUCAGGGUACCCAGGGAGAGCAUGGAGGUCAUGUCUCCGCUCAAGAACGGCAUGAUUGAGGACUGGGACAGUUUCCAGGCCAUUUUGGAUCACACCUACAAGAUGCACUUCAAGUCUGAACCCAGUAUGCAUCCAGUGCUAAUGUCAGAAGCAUCGUGGAACACACGAGCGAAACGUGAGAAACUGACAGAGCUGAUGUUUGAACAUUACAACAUUCCCGCCUUCUUCCUCUGCAAAUCUGCUGUGCUAUCUGCCUUUGCCAAUGGGCGGUCCACCAGCUUGGUUCUGGACAGCGGAGCCACACACACCACAGCAAUUCCAGUGCAUGAUGGCUAUGUCCUGCAGCAAGGCAUUGUCAAAUCGCCCCUGGCUGGAGACUUUAUGAGCAUGCAGUGUAGGGAGCUUUUUCAAGAUUUAAAUGUUGAAAUAAUCCCGCCGUACAUGAUUGCAUCAAAGGAUGGAGUGCGAGAGGCAUCACCGGCCAGCUGGAAGAAAAAGGAGAAACUACCUCAAGUCACACGCUCAUGGCACAACUACAUGUGUAAUUGUGUGAUCCAGGACUUCCAGGUGUCUGUGUUGCAGGUGUCAGACUCGCCAUAUGAUGAACAGGUUGCUGCACAGAUGCCCACAGUGCAUUAUGAGCUGCCCAACGGCUACAACUGUGACUUUGGGGCUGAGAGGCUGAAGAUCCCAGAGGGGCUGUUUGACCCCUCUAAUGCCAAGGGCCUGUCAGGAAACACCAUGUUGGGAGUUAGCCAUGUGGUGACGACCAGCGUGGGAAUGUGUGACAUCGACAUCCGGCCGGGUCUAUAUGGCAGUGUGGUGGUGACCGGAGGAAACACGCUCGUUCAGGGCUUCACAGACAGACUGAACAGAGAACUCUCCCAGAAAACCCCUCCGAGCAUGAGGCUGAAGCUGAUAGCCAACAACACUACAGUGGAGCGCCGGUUCAGUGCCUGGAUAGGAGGCUCCAUCCUGGCAUCACUCGGAACCUUCCAGCAGAUGUGGAUCUCCAAACAGGAGUAUGAGGAGGGAGGAAAGCAGUGUGUAGACAGGAAGUGCCCUUGAUUCUACACCCAACCCGACCCUCUCAUCACCAUCUUCGCCACAAGCUCAUCACGAGUUCACCUCUGGCCCUGGACCACCCACUGAUCACUCUUGUUUUGUAUGAUUUGUUUGUUUUUUAAAUAGUUUGUCAAUAUGCCGCCUGUCUUGGAUUUAUUGUAAAAAUCAGACAAACAUUUACAAAGUAAACCGUCACUAUGAUGAAAGAUGGUUUGAGCUCCAUUGUCUGUCAUUACGGUUACGUCUGUUGCCUUAUUUUUAGAUCAGUUUAGUGGAAACCUUGCAUUCCAGUGGCGACAUAAUCUUGAAUUGUACAUGUCUUUCUCCCACUGUUCUGAGGAUCAUUAAAUGUCAGUCCAUAGUUACUCAAUCAAGUUUUUGAUCGCAAUGUCAAAAACACAUGAGAAUUUGCUCUGAAAGGUUUCUACCGAAUACCGACACGGUAAAAUGUGGGUUGUGUAUUUGGAGGAAAGACCGUACAGCUCAAUGAUUCCUUCUGUUUAUAACUUUGUGUACUCAGUAAACUCGGAGGCAAAAACCAGAUCUUGCCUCUGCUUAUUUGUGUCAAUACAAAUAAGUUUGUGAUAAAAGUACAAGUUUGUAUAACUUUUA